GGGGCGCAUGCGUGCUGUACCCGGCGCCGGAUACUUGGAAGGCUUCCGCUGGUUUGGGGGUCGGUGUUGCUAUGGCUGCUGCAGUUGCACCCUUAGGCGUAGCUCUUCGAGAAGCCACCCAAAGAAAAUUGCGGAGGUUUUCAGAGCUGAGAGGCAAACCUGUGGCAGCUGGAGAAUUCUGGGACAUUGUUGCAAUAACAGCAGCUGAUGAAAAACAGGAACUUGCUUAUAAGCAACAGCUGUCAGAAAAGCUGAAAAAAAAGGAGCUACCCCUUGGAGUUCAAUAUCAUGUUGUUGUUGAUCCUGCUGGAGCCAAAAUUGGAAAUGGAGGAUCCACACUUUGUGCCCUUCGAUGUUUAGAAAAGCUAUAUGGAGAUAAAUGGAAUUCUUUUACCAUCCUAUUAAUUCAUUCUGGUGGUUACAGCCAACGCCUUCCAAAUGCAAGUGCUCUGGGCAAAAUUUUCACUGCAUUACCUUUUGGUAACCCCAUUUAUCAGAUGUUGGAAUUAAAACUAGCCAUGUACAUUGAUUUCCCUUCACAUAUGAAUCCUGGGGUUCUGGUUACCUGUGCAGAUGAUAUUGAACUUUAUAGUGUUGGAGAAUGUGAGUUUAUUAGAUUUGACAAACCUGGCUUUACUGCUUUAGCUCAUCCUUCUAGUUUGACUGUUGGUACCACACAUGGAGUAUUUGUCUUAGAACCUUUUAAUGAUUUGGAAUAUAGAGACCUUGAAUACAGGUCUUGCCAUCGUUUCCUUCACAAGCCCAGCAUAGAAAAGAUGCAUCAAUUUGAUGCUGUAUAUAGACCUGGAAAUAUUUCUCAACAGGACUUUGCUAGGGGUGACACUCCCUCUCUUAAGUUAGACUCUGAGUAUGUCUACACAGACAGCUUGUUUUAUAUGGAUCAUAAGUCAGCCAAAAAGUUACUCGCUUUUUUUGAGAAAAUAGGCACAUUGAACUGUGAAAUAGAUGCCUAUGGAGACUUUCUGCAAGCUUUGGGACCUGGAGCAACUGUGGAGUACACCAGAAACACAUCAAAUGUCACUAAAGAAGAGGCAGACUUGAUAGACAUUAGGCAGAGAAUAUUUCAUCUUCUUAAAGGAACCUCAUUAAAUGUUGUUGUUCUUAAUAACUCCAAAUUUUAUCACAUUGGAACAACUGAAGAAUAUUUGUUUCAUUUUACUUCAGAUAGCAGUUUGAAGUCAGAGCUUGGCUUACAGUCCAUAGCUUUUAGCAUCUUUUCUGCAAUACCAGAAUGCUCUGGUAAUACAUCCUGUAUCAUUCAAAGUAUACUGGAUUCAAGAUGUUCUGUGGCAACUGGCUCAGUUGUGGAGUAUUCCAGAUUGGGGCCUGAUGUUUCAGUUGGGGAAAACUGCAUUAUUAGUGGUUGUCAUAUCAUAGCAACAGCUGUCCUGCCUGCAUAUUCUUUUGUGUGUUCCUUAAGCUUGAAGAUGAAUGGACACUUAAAGUAUUCAACUAUGGCAUUUGGAGUGCAAGACAACUUGAAAAAGAACGUUAAAACAUUGUCAGAUAUAAAGUUACUUCAAUUCUUUGGAGUCUGUUUCCUGUCAUGCUUAGAUAUUUGGAAUCUGCAAGUUACAGAGGAACUGUUCUCUGGAAACAAGACAUGUUUGAGUUUGUGGAAUGCUCGUAUUUUCCCAGUUUGUUCCUCUUUGAGUGAUUCAGUUACAAUAUCCCUAAAAAUGUUAAAUGCUAUACAGAACAAAUCAGCAUUCAGCCUAAAUAACUAUAAACUGUUGUCCAUUGAAGAAAUGCUUGUCUAUAAAGAUGUAGAAGACAUGAUAACUUACAGGGAGCAAAUUUUUCUAGAAAUUACUUUAAAUGCAAAAUAGUCUGAUUUAGAGACAUCUUAAAUAUCCUAUACCUUGCCAUUCUUGAUUGAGGAAGAUUACAAAAAGAAGAGUUUUCUAUAGAUUUUUGUUUGUUUCUUUGAAGUGAAUCAAUGAAAAUUAUGUUAACAUAAUUGUUGUAGCAUAAUAUUAAGAACACAAAAUUACAAAUCAUCCAUUUUGGUGAAAGAAUAUUUCAAGGCUGUGAGCUCAGAAAAGGGAUUUUUUUGAUGUUUAGCACUAUUUUAAUUUUCUUUUUUAUUAAGGAUGGAUUUGUGGAGCAUUGCUGUGUUCAUAUAGUACUAUCGUAGUUUUGAAUAAUUUUCUAAACAUACCUUUAGAGUUUUUCCAUCUUCUUUUUGGGCUUUGGUUUCAGUACAGUUCUAAGUGUUUAUUGGCAGUUCUCUCUUUGAGCAUAGUAGUCCUCUUCUGAUGAACUGAUAAAAACAGCAUACUACAAGAUCUUCAGAGCACUGUAAGAAUAGAAAUACUUUUUUGGAAAGAAAUCCAUCUCUCACAAAUUCAGAUAAAAUCAAUUCUUAAAAUACUGUGACUAUCUAAUUAAUAAAUAAUUAGAUGCAAACAGCUCUGAAAUUGAUGAUAAAAAUCUGUCUUAUUUAUUGCUCUUACCAAAAUAAAACAAAAAGUGUAUAUGUGUUAUUUUACCUUAUAAACUUGGACAUAUGUUUCUAUAUCUUUUUUUUUUAAGAUUUUAUUUAUUUAUAUUAUAGAGAGACAGCAAGAGAGGGAACACAAGCAGAGGGAGUGGGAGAGGGAAAAGCAGGCUUCCUGCUGAGCAGGGAGCCCCAAUGUGGAGCUCAAUCCCAGGAUCCUGGGAUCAUGACCUGAGCCAAGGCAGAUGCUUAACAACUAAGCCACCCAGGCAACCCCAUGUGUUUCUAUAUCUUAAAAUUUUUCCCUAAAGUUCCAUCCAUACAAAAGCAUACACAUACACAAAACUCAAAUAUCUGUGUGGGGAAGAUGGUAGGAAUAAUUGGGAUUCAUUGAUAAUCAUAUAAGUUCAUUUUGGACAUUACUUAUAUCCUUUUAUUAAUCCCUUUAAUAGAACUAUUAAAUUACCAGAUGGACUGAUUUUGCUAUUUCAUAUUUUUUGUCCUUGUGCUGGUGAUGAUACUGAGAAGCAAUAAUUGACCAAAGGUAGGCAGCAGGAAGGAGCCUGAAGGAUAGAAAAUGAGAAAAUUUACAGAUGAUAAACAGCUUCAAGAAAAUAAAAAUUGGCUGGAAUCUCAAGUUAUGUGUUCCUAUUUUGCUGUAAGCAUGCAUGUGAAAUGUCUUUAUGUCAAAGUCUAAUAAUAAUAAUUAGAGAAAUGAUUUGUCAGUUUUGUGUUUUAACAUGAAUAAAUUGAAAUAAAAACUAGUCUGUGCUAACAUGUCAAUAUAAAAAUAAUUGGUAAACCAGAAGUGGCCUGCCUGCAAUCUUCAAUUAAGCUAUUUCUGUGUUUUGUUUUGUUUUGUUGAGUUUUUUUUCUUUUUUCCUUUUAAGGUUCUUUCCAAGGAAAAACUAAAGAUACAGCUAUUGUUUAGUGUUGACUGAUUUACUUGCAGAGCUUUCAGAAGAUAUUAUGUGUUUGUCAUUGAUUAAAUGUUUAAUACUGUAUUUCACCUAAGUGCCAUCGAUUAUUAAGAAUUACCAUUAUUUUAUUUAUGUUCCACUAAAAAGAAAAAAAUACCAAUAAAAUAUGGCACAGUGCUUUCUUUUAGAAUCAGACUCUUCUGAAACACUUUUCAACUCAGGAGUUGUUGAUAUCCAUGUGCUUCCACCCAGUACCAUCUUGUAUGCUAUCAAAGGUAUUGGUAAAGCUUUAUGUCCUAAGAGUGUCACCACCACCCUGCUGUCUGGAUUGACUGAAAACUGUCAACACCAGAUACCUAUUCUAUAAGUUUUGAUGCUGAUGCUUUACUAUUUGGCAAAAUUCAGUUUCAUUUUUGUCUUAGUGUAAUCAAAUGCCUCUAGAAGCUAGUUGACUUCUAUUCAAAGUCAAUGGGAGAUUUCUGACAAAUUGGUGGUCACUGUUUUAAUCAUAAUUCUGCACAAUGUAUGGAUUCUAGUUGCUUUUAUAUGUUAUCAGUUCCAAAGAAUUUGGCAUUUUCUCUUGCCUUGAGAUCCAUUACUUGGGGUAGUACCACACAUGUUCCUUGAACAGUAUACCUAACUCAACCAAGGUGAUAGUCCCAUGCAUAUUUAAGUAAAAAGUUGAACAUUUCAUCUUGAUUUAUCAUUUUUAUUUCAUAAAAUAACAGGCUUUAAAUUCCAUAUACUCUCAAGGUUUGUAGAGGAUAGCUGUUAUUUAUAACUAAAUAUAGUCCAUAAACUUAUUGAUGAGUUAAUAAUGAACAGUGACCAAGGAAGCCAUGGGGAAAAAAAAUCCAACAUUUGGUGUUAAUCUACCUCAGGCACUUUUUUCUACAAACAGCAAAACAGAAUAAAGCAUGUAUCAGUGUAUACUAAGUUGAAGUAAAGCUUCAAAUAUCCAGGUGAUAUGCUGAAAAGCACAAAAAUUUGAUAGUAUUAAUCCAGAAUUAAUUCCUAUAACCUGUGAUGAUCAUUCAUCUGAGGCUAAGCAACAUUCCUAUUUAUAUUAAGAUUACCAAAAUCAGCAUAGACCCUAAAUCAAAAUACCUGCUGCAAAAUGUAUGAAUGACUGUCACAGCUAGUAAUUGGUCUACUACACAAAAUCAGGGAGGGUAUUCACAUAACACUGUGAUGUCCUUUGGAUUUGAACAACUACAGGCCCAGAGUUGAGGCACUUUGAUGUAGUCUAGCAGAAUUAAGAUAGAAAGAAAAAGCUUUAAAAAUGUUUUUAAUUUGCUCAAAAC